AUGCGCCGAUGGUAUGGACCGGUUGAGGCCGUUUUGAGGCAACAUACAUUAGCCCUGCGUUUUAAGUUGUCCCCGGGCAGACGACUUACGACCGUCAUUAUUCCACAUUCAAUUUCUAUGCAACGAUGCGGCUAUCACGACUACGCACGGCAGACCGCAUACCCUCCGCCGCCUUCGCCCGCCGCGGCGCGGCCGCCACAAGUUCCACCCUACGUGUACCAGGGAGCUCCCCCAGGCCAGCCAUUGUAUCCUCCGCAGCGGGGAAACCCAACAGGCUUCCUCGGUGCCUCAGUGCCUGAGUUGGGAACCAAAGAACGACCGAUCGUUGUUCUCUCGGCCCCUCAGCAAGCAUCUUGGGCAACGCGACUCUGGUUGCUGCUGCUUUUUGGAAUUGGAAUCAGUUGUAUAUUGAAUCUUAUUGACGAAUUUAGCAGCCGAAUGCAGGAAAGUAAUUCGUCUACCCGCACCUCGGCUGUUUCCCGAGCGGCAAUCACAGGCAUGUUUCUAUCUCCCGAUGUGAAGCCUGUGGACCUAAACGAUCUUGAAGUCACCUUUGACUCGAUUCGUGGCUGUGAUGAGGCAAAAAAGGAGCUAGAAGUCAUUGUUGAGUUUCUCAAGGAUCCAGAAAGGUUUUACUACCUGGGAGGGCGACUUCCAAAGGGCGCACUGUUGGUCGGUCCCCCUGGCUGCGGCAAGACGAUGCUCGCGAAGGCCAUUGCGAAGGAGGCCGGCGUCAACUUCUUCUACGCCACAGGAAGUGAAUUUGACGAAAUGUAUGUCGGCGUCGGGUCCCGUCGCGUCCGCGAACUGUUUGCAGCCGCAAAAGCAAACGCCCCGGCCCUAAUCUUCAUUGAUGAAAUUGAUGCCUUAGGUGGUAAAAGGUCGAGAACGGAUCACGCCUAUUCGCGUAUGACCUUAAAUCAACUUUUGGCUGAAAUGGAUGGGUUCCGUUCGAAGGAGUCGGUUAUUGUUCUGGCAGCCACAAAUACUCCGGACGCGUUGGACAAGGCGCUAACUCGCCCUGGACGGUUUGACACAACGAUCUCGGUGGACCCGCCGGAUAUGAAGGGUCGUGAGGAGGUUUUAGAGGUAUAUCUGAAAAAGGUAAAGGCGGAUGCCUCGGUUAAGGCCCAACAAAUCGCGCGGGGCACGACUGGGUUUACUGGGGCAGAGCUGAACAAUUUGGUUAACCUUGCCACAAUUCGGGCCGCGGUGCUGCACAAAAACGCCAUCACUAUGGAGGAUGUGGAGUAUGCCAAGGAUCGUGUGAUGAUGGGUGCGGCAAGCACGAAGAUCAUUCCUGAAGAAGAUCGACGCGUGACCGCCUACCACGAAGGGGGACACGCCCUAGCGGCAAUUCUGCUCGAGAAGGAUGGCGCAGAGCCUGUACAAAAGGCGACCAUUGUUCCCCGCGGCAAUGGCGUCAUGGGGCUCGUCGCGCAAGCCCCUGAAAGGGACAGGUACAGCCAGAGAAAAAAACAGUGCUUCGCGCAACUUAAGGUUUGCCUGGCAGGCCGCGUGGGCGAGGAGAUCUUGCUUGGGGAGGAUGACGUGACGACGGGUGCCAGUUCUGAUUUUCAUCAGGCGUCGCAAAUGGCGCGGCAAAUGGUACGACGCUUUGGAUUUAGCGACGAGCUUGGCUUUGUUGACUACGAGUCCUCCGGCACGCCAGAGGGGGCAUAUAUGUCAGAGGCAACAAAAAACAAGAUAGAAUCCGAGGUUGCUUCACUGCUAAAGGAUUCCUACAAGGAGGUCAAGCAAAUGCUCCUGAGCCACCGCAAGGAGUUGGACUCUCUCGCGCAGCACCUACUGCAACACGAGACCCUGACGGGCGAGGAGCUGAAACGCAUCCUGAAAGGGGAGGUGCUGCCGGCAAAGGCGACACAGGAAGUCCCCCAGCCUCCCCCCACCCAGAAGCCGCCCAAGGGCUCGGGCGGGAUGACAGGGAAGCGUCGCCCGGUGCCGAUUUCGUAG